AAUUAUAAUAAAAUUUGUGGAUAUAUUGGCAUUCAUCGAUACGCCGUGGAUUGCCUUCAGGAGGUCUGCACUUGCGCAGUGUGCUUAUAUGAUUCCGAUGCUGAAAAUGAAAACGGUACGCUGAUGCUACUGCUGUGUUGUGAAUUUGUUGUCAUAAGAGGAAAACCCAAUGAGGCCUUCUUCGCCUUCUUCAAGGAACAGAGAGCCGAGAAGAAGAAGCCGCCCCUCAUCGCCGGCGGCGGUGAGGGGCCGAUCUACUGCCACUCUCGUCGACAGUGACCUCGUUACCAUUACUGACCCCACCUCUCUCUUCGAACACCAACAAUCUCAGGACUUCUACUCUAAUUCUAACCCUAACCCUCGGAGCUUCCCUUACAGUGUCAAGCAGCAAUGUUGGGACAAGGCCGAGAAGAUAAGAGGGCGAGACCCUGAUCGAUGGCGCAGGGAUGCCCUUGGCAACAUCGUCUUUCGCAAGCUUGUUGGUUGCCCCGGCUGUCUCUGUCAUGAUUAUGAUCAUAUCGUCCCUUACUCUAAGACUAAGUUAGUUACUGUGGAAGAUGGAUGCUCAUCUGAUGUCCUUCUCUACCCAGAAAACUAUUGCGACGCAGUGGGAGGAAAAAGCACGCUGGAAAAUUGCCAAGUCUUACAGGCAACAGUUAAUCGAUCAAAGGGAAAUCGAACAGAGAUGACCAAAGCUGAGCUUAUCCAGAAGAGCUCUUACUGCAGGGUAUCAGGUCGUGAUAUGGAUCUUCUUGAACUGUCUGCCUUUGGCAACGUCCACCGUGAGCCUGAUUCCGGGGGCUGUAGAAUCCAAUGAACAAUCCUUGUCAUCUUCCUAUUUGUUUGAUUUCUAGAUAGAGGGUUAAAUGAUGACAUUGUGGCUAUCGCUCCUCUCAAAACUUGGGGCUCCAUCUUUGUGCAGACGCAACUGCGAAGAAUUUGAUGGCUCUGUCGUCUGCCAAGCGAUUCAUAUAUUGAAGAGUAGCUGCAUUCAUGCACUCGCGCUCUCUCUCUCUCUCUCUCUCUAAAUGAAGAAAUUGUAGACAUUUUUUUUUACAAGAAUUUAUGAAGCUCAAUUUAACACCAA